UUCGUUAACGUGUUCUCACUUUCUUCAUAAAUAAUCCUACUGUGACUGCAAUUCGAUAUUUAUUAUGGAAAAAUACACCAUGGAUGUCAUCAUCUUGAUUUUCUAUGAGAAUUUCUGAGUUCAAACUUCUCUUUUAUUGGAAAUUACAGUUGACAGAGUUUUCACCAAUUUUCUUAUUAUUAUAAGUCUCUUCUAAAAUCUCGACUGUUCUCAGAUCACAAAAUUAUGGGAACCCCUUUUCUUCGUUGUGAUCUUUCACUUUACAAGCUUUUUGCUUGCCUUUUCAUCUUUUUGGUUCUUCCUUCCUUUGUUCUUGGAGACUGCACAUGUGAUAUUGAAGAUGAAGAACGCAACAAGACUGAAGCACUCAAAUACAAACUUGGAGCCAUCGCUUCGAUUCUUGUUGCAAGUGCCAUUGGAGUUUGUCUUCCUGUUUUGGGCAAAACAAUUGAAGCUUUACGUCCGGAGAAGAAUAUUUUCUUUAUCAUCAAGGCCUUCGCCGCAGGAGUGAUACUCUCAACUGGGUUCAUCCACGUUCUUCCUGAUGCAUUUGAAAACUUGACAUCACCGUGUUUAAACGAAAAUCCAUGGGGAAAAUUCCCUUUUACAGGAUUUGUCGCCAUGAUGGCCACCAUUGGAACUCUAAUGGUGGAUGCUUUUGCAACUUCUUAUUACACCAAGUUUCACUUCAGUAAGGCUCAACCUGGAAAAAAUGCUGGAGAUGAAGAGAUGGUUCAGCAGCAUGAAGGCCAUGUUCAUGUUCACACUCAUGGAACUCAUGGACACGCUCAUGGUGCCAUCCCUUCAGCUGAUUCAGAACUCCUUAGGCAUCGUAUCAUCUCUCAGGUUUUGGAGAUGGGAAUUGUAGUGCACUCAGUGAUAAUUGGGAUUUCAUUGGGUGCUUCAGAAAGCCCAAAAACUAUAAGACCACUUGUAGCUGCCUUGACUUUCCACCAAUUUUUUGAAGGCAUGGGACUGGGAGGGUGUAUUGCUCAGGCAAAAUUCAAAGCUAGAGUGAUUGCAGUUAUGGCGUUGUUCUUCUCAUUGACUACCCCAGUUGGGAUUGCAAUUGGGAUAGGAAUAUCAAAUGUGUACUCAGAGAAUAGUCCCACAGCUUUAAUUGUUGAAGGGAUUUUCAAUGCAGCAUCAGCCGGGAUCUUGAUAUAUAUGUCACUUGUGGAUCUUCUUGCUGCAGAUUUCAUGAAUACAAAGGUUCAAACCAAUAGAAGGCUUCAAAUUGGAGUUAAUAUUUCUCUUCUUCUUGGGGUUGGCUUCAUGUCUUUUUUGGCCAAAUGGGCUUAAAAAAACGUAGUUGUUUUUUGUAACUUGUUGAAUUGUGUGCAACUUGUUGAAUUGUGUGCUUUAAACUUUAUUUCACAAUCUUUCGGGGGUUCCUGCCAUUGUAAAUCGUUUAGUUGUAAGGUUGAAACAGAGAUGAGAUAAAACCUCUGUAACUUAAUUGAGAUUAUCAAUUACAUACUUCAAAUUUACAGUUAGACAUGGUAAUAAGUGUAUAUUUGAUUCAAAUAAUAUUUCUUAUUACUGUUGCACCCCCUUCA